AUGAAUGCUCGUAUGACAUCGUUUGAGUUUACCUGUCUCGGCAAAAAGGUCAAUGACAUAACCUCUGCACUCUUUCACUCCAUCAUCUUCAAUAGAUGUUAUGGAAAGUUUCGUUAUGAUAGUGAGCAAGCAUACUCCAUUGGCACUCUUGGAUAUGAAGAGAUUUCCUGUGAUUUCAUUGACUUUACUUACAUUUGUGUUUCUUCUAAUGAGCUCGUCCGGUCAGUAAACCGAGACAUCAAAACAUUUACCGAAGCCCUCCGAACGGCCUCUUUUCGUAGUCAAGCAUCCACCUCGCCUUCUUCCCCACCUUCGUUCUCUUCUACGUUCAUUGAUCCAUACUCGCCAAUUCCCUCUCCGUCCAGCGAAGACGUCGGUUUCUUAACCUCAGCAGCUUCUUCGGGAACAAUUUUCCUGGAGUUUCUUACCAAGUCAAGUCGAAGCACAUGGAGCUUCAGUGAGCCACUCGUUUGGGAGGUGUGGAGUCUCAAGUUUAACUGCCUGAAGGAGGACACCAAUGAGGACGCCUUCAAUAAGACGGCCAUCGAUGAACAGCUCUUUGAUAAAGUGCUCAGUAUCGUGCAGAUUGUCAAUAAUGCCCAGUAUUUGCCCACUAUGCCUAGUUUGAGUGAAGUUGAUAGUGUCUUUGACACAAACUACCCAAACGCACAACCAUACAACUUUAAGAUCUCUUACAAAAUUGGCUCUGGCGUGACGAAGGACGCAUCUGCUCGCCCUGGUCUUGAACGCAACUCGGCGCAAGCACAAAUUAAGAAUUUUAUCAAGCAAAAACUGGCUCUCUAA